AUGGCAGGCUCGGAAUCCAAGCAGAUGAAGAGAGGGAAGCUCUUGCGCAUGUUCUCUAGGUUCUUCUCUUGCCUCCGAGGUCAACCACAGGAGCCCCAACGGGAGUUGGAGAGGGUGAAGAAGGACCUCCGGAGGGACAACCAGGCCUCCCGGAACGAGAACAACGCGCUCCGCAGGGAGAACUUGUGCCUGUGGGUGGAGAACAUAGCCCUCCGGAGGGAGAACAAGGGCUUCCUCGUGGAGAACCAGUCCACCCGCGAGAGGAACCAGAGGCUGCGGCAGGUGAACCAGGACCUCUGGAUGGUGAACACCGUGGUGAGCAAGACCCCGUGGGAGAAGAUCAACAUCCUGAACACGGAAACCAAGUCCUACCGGCAGCAGAACAAAGCCCUGAAAGCCCAGACCAAGGCGCUCUGGAACCGGGAGGUGGCCUACCGCAAGGAGGCCAAGGCCCUGCAGGAGGAGAUCAGGUCCCUGCAGGAGAACAUCAAGGGCCUGCAGCACCAGGAGCGAGCCAUUCGUCUGGAGGAGCUGGCCCUGAGGAAGGAGGGGAACGCGCUGGAGAUGGAGGAGCAGGCCCUGUGGAAGGUGGAGCUGGCCCUGCGCGAGGAGAACCAGGCCCUCCGGGAAGAAAGCAAUGCCCUGAAGGAGGUGGAGAGGGCCCUUCUGGAGGAGACCAGGGUGCUGGAACUGUGGAACAAGAUUCUUCUGGGCCAGGAGAUCAGCCGGGCUAGCUGGGGAGGUGCCCAGUAA